UCAUCAUCAUCAUCAUCAUCAUCAUCAUCAUCAUCAUCAUCUUCACCAUCACUUUGUUAUUCUUGUCCCUGAAGUUUCGCGGCGUCUACCGGAAUCUCUUCGAUCGACGCAGCCUCAUCAGUGGAAAGGAGGAUGGCGCCAGUAAUUAUGCCCGCGGAUUCUAUCGGCUGGCACCGGAGUACCGGGAAACCUUCGAGGACAGUAUGCGUUUCAUUGCAGAGUCCUGUGACAACCUCGAUGGCAUCCAAUUCUUCCAUUCUUAUGGCGGUGGAACUGGGGCUGGUGUGCUGAUAGGUAAGACCCUAGUGGUGGUGUACUGCCCUUCAAAACGUUUUUUGUUAACCCGUAAGCUAUUUAUUUUGCUACCUCAUACAGAGUGGGAAUACAUACUGGGGGCCGACCCUCCUACAAGUACAUACACAGGCCAUAUUACAGUAUACUAUUUAAUGGCUUUAUUAAGUAUGAUUAGUAGAAACUGA